UGCUACAUUGAAGGGGGAGGAGAGCGUUCCUCGAGCCAGGCAACGACGGUGUUGAAAAUCUCUGAAAGCCAGGGCUAUUGUUUCUCUUUAUUGAGGAUAAUGGUUACAUAAUAAAUUAAGUACGUCACCUUUAUUUCACAAGUACAGAAGGAGCUGUAAAUGUGCUAUGAAAUGAGUGCUGCCAGAGGAGGCUGUUCCUUUCUUAGAAAGAGUAGAGCGGCUUAGGAAGUCUGUGGAGAAGUUUCUCAUGUUACCGAAACUGGGUCUUCAGAAUUUGGUUCGUAACGUUUAACUUCACUCCCGGCAUGUCAAAUCCCGGAUCAAUUCCAUCGUUGCAGCCUGAAAGAGAAGACUGCCAUGUUCAAGCAGAGGUACAGACGGAAUCCAGGAGGAUGUCAAGGGAACAAAUUCUUGUACUUAUAGCAACAGCAUCUGUUAACUUCAGUUCAAUGAUUUGUUAUUCAAUACUGGGACCCUUUUUUCCAGGAGAGGCAGAACAGAAAGGUGCCAGCGAUACCAUUAUUGGAAUGAUCUUUGGGUGCUAUGCUUUAGUAAAUGUUUUGUUCUCCUUGAUUCUAGGAAAAUAUAUUGUACAAGUUGGAGCAAAAUUCAUGUUUGUGGGAGGGAUGUUUCUGUCUGGUGGUUGCACUAUUCUUUUUGGUUUGUUGGACAGAGCUCCUGAUGGACCUAUAUACAUAGCUAUGUGCUUUGUGGUAAGAACAGUGGAUGCUGUUGGCUUUAGUGGUGCAAUGACAUCAUCUUUUGCGGUAUUGACUAAAAGUUUUCCUCAAAAUGUAGCAACAGUAAUGGGAACUCUUGAAAUUUUUACAGGUCUUGGAUUGGUACUAGGCCCUCCACUUGGUGGCAUUUUAUAUGAGAAGUUUGGAUAUGAAAUCCCUUUUAUCGUGCUUGGAUGUGUAGUUUUGCUAAUGGUUCCACUGAAUAUGUACACUGUACCAACGUAUGAUGACUUACCCAUCAGAGAAUCUUUCUGGGAUUUAUUUCGGAUACCAAAAAUCUCACUAAUGUGCUUGGUCAUGUUAUCCUUAAGUUCUGCAUUAACAUUUCUAGAUCCAACCAUGUCCUUAUUUCUGAUUGAAAAGUUUCAUUUGUCUACAAGUUUUGUGGGCUUGAUCUUCUUUGCCAUCGCACUGCCAUAUUCCAUAUCUGCACCACUUCUUGGAUAUUUGGCUGAUAAAUUUCCAGCCACUAGAAAAUGGAUGAUAAUUUUUGGAAGUCUACUGACAGGAAUCUGCUACGUCUUUUUAGGACCUGCUCCCUUUUUCCACAUUAAAAGCUCCAUUUGGUUGUUUAGCAUCAUGAUGGUAGUACUGGGGAUUUCUACUAGCAUGACUGGCAUUCCUGUCUUUCCAGAGAUUCUCGAGUCUGCCUAUAAGAACAAUUUCGAAGAGGGCUUAAGUACAUUAGGCUUGGUGUCUGGACUUUUUGGUGCUGUUUGGUCACUUGGGACAUUCAUAGGACCAACAUUGGGAGGUUACUUGAAUGAAAAGCUUCACUUUGAAUAUGCUGCAGCAAUACAAGGAGGAAUUGCAUUGGUUAUUGGAGCAGCAAUGGGCAUAUUCUAUAUUGCUGAGAAUUAUCAGGAAAAGAGGUCCUCGGUGAGAAAUACAACAGUGCAGAUGAAGAACAAGAACCACUGUUGCCUAACAGGUUAUAGUUUGCAAUGUGAGCAAUUAACUGCAAAAUGUAGCAAUACUUGAAUUGUAAAUAGUAACAUUAUUAUAAUAUUUGAAUAUGUUUCUCUCACUACUGUGCUUUGUGUUUUAUUGCAUCAGUAGGUUACAACAUGUUAACUUGCUUUACAGUUGAAGGUUGUUGAGACUGUUUUACUAAAUCGACUUCUGCAUAGAUUCAGGUGGAGGUUCACUAAAACAGCCAUGCAUUAAAGUAUUGCAUAUUUAUGUAA